AUGGCUGCAUCGAAUACAGGUGAAACUGUUCGUGUCAUCGUACGAUGUCGACCCAUGAAUCAACGUGAGCUAGAUUUAAAAAGUCAAACAAUAGUUUCCAUGAAUAUACAAAUAAAUCAAAUUAUGUUAGAAAAUAUUGAACAAAGUAAUGAACCACCAAAACAAUUCACUUUCGAUGCAGUCUAUCCAGUAGAUUCUGUAACGGAAAAUAUAUAUGCUGAUUCUGUUUUUCCAUUAGUUGAAAGUGUGCUCGAGGGAUAUAAUGCAACAGUAUUUGCUUAUGGACAAACAGGAUGUGGAAAAUCAUAUACUAUGCAAGGAAUUAAUACAUCUGGAUCUCUACAACGUGGUGUUAUACCUCGAUCAUUUGAGCAUAUAUUCGAAGCUUCAUCAGUUGCAGCUGGUACAAAAUAUCUUAUUCGUGCAUCAUAUCUUGAAAUAUAUAAUGAAAGUAUUCGUGAUUUACUUGGUAAAGAUGUUAAAGCAACACUUGAUCUUAAAGAAUAUGUAGAUAAAGGUGUACAAGUACCAAAUUUAACAUGGCAUCAAUGUACAAAUGUAGUCGAUUGUGAACGACUGAUGGAUAAAGGCAAUAAAAGUCGAGCAACGGGUGCUACACUUAUGAAUAAAGAUUCAUCACGUUCUCAUUCAAUAUUUACUAUUCUUACUGAAAUGUGUACACGAAGUGAACUUGAUGGAAAAGAUCAUAUUCGAGCAGGAAAACUUAAUUUAGUUGAUUUAGCUGGUAGUGAACGACAAUCAAAAACACAUGCUGAAGGUGAACGUUUACGUGAAGCUACUCGAAUUAAUUUAUCACUUAGUGCCUUGGGUAAUGUUAUUUCUGCUUUGGUGGAUGGUCGUUCUAAACAUAUACCUUAUCGAGAUUCAAAAUUAACACGUCUUUUACAAGAUUCACUUGGUGGUAAUACAAAAACAUUGAUGGUAAAAAAACAAACAUGA